AUGCUGAGGAUGCAAGGGAAGGCCGACAUAAAAUCCAAGGAGAGAGUAGAUGAAUUGGUGCUAGAAUGGUCGAGUGCCACACAAGAAACGCAAUUAGGCGUGCUUGACAGAUUAGAACCUCAUAGAAUGCUUGAAAAACUCAUCAUCAGGGGUUAUGCUGGAUUAGAAUUUUCAACAUGGAUUGGAGAUCGUUCAUUCUCCACUAUGGUGCAUGUACGCUUAGACAAAUGUAAAAAUUGUCAAAUCUUGCCACCACUUGGCCAACUGCCUUUGCUCAAAGAACUUUAUAUUACUGAAAUGGCUGCAGUGGAAAGUGUUGGUCCUGAGUUUUAUGGGGAGGGUAGCUUGCCUUUUCCAGUACUAGAGACUCUUGAGUUUUCAUAUAUGCACAGUGGAAGAAAUGGCUUCCUUUCGCACAAGAUCAGCAUUGAGUCUUGCCGAAAUCUGAAAUCCUUACCGGAGGGCCUAUGCCACCUCACCAAUCUUCAAACUUUAGAGAUUUAUGGUUGUGGGAGUCUGGUUUCCAUCCCGAGCCUGAGUGGUGAGGGUUUGCCUUCGCCAACAACAACAGCCGCCUCCAGCCUGAGACAAAUCAACAUCCAUAAUUGCAACCAAUUGGAGAUGUUACCGGACAUGCGGAAUCUCAACCAUCUUCAGGAAUUGAAUAUUGAUUACGGUGAAGGUUUAAAUUUUACCUCUUUUCCCCCCAACCUAACAUCACUUGGAAUCUUCGGAAUCAAGAAUUGUAAGCCGAUGUGGGAGUUGUUGCACAGGCUCACCUCUCUUACAGAGUUGUGGGUUGAUUGCGAAGACCCAUAUGUGGUGUGGUUUCCACCCGACAGUUACAGGGAGAUGGAUAUGGCGAUGCUGCUCCCCAAAUCUCUCACUGAUCUCUUAAUUUCGGGCUUCCCAAAUCUGAAGAAACUGAGCAGCAAGGGCUUUCAAUCCCUCACCUCUCUUCAAUCUCUUCGACUCCAGAAUUGUCAAAAGCUGGCAUCUAUUCCAGUGGAGGGGUUGCCUAUUUCACUGAGGCGACUUGAUAUCAUUCGAUGUCCCCUGCUAAAAGAUAAAUGCCAGCCUGGUAGUAAAGGACGAUACCUGCCCAAAAUAUCCCACAUCCCCUGCAUAGAUAUAACGGAUUAG